AUGGAGGCCAAGAAAGAAACCCUCCCAGAGGUACUAGAGCCGCACAGCGUAUAUGACGUCCAGCAUAUAGAGGAGAACCUCAAGGUAUCGGUGGCAGGCAAAAUCAACCAAGGAGAAAAUAGUGAACUAUAUCUUGAAGCAAUUCAAAGAUAUCCUAACGAUGAGGCCAUCGAUAAAGACGCAGAAAAGAGGUUGAAGCGCAAGCUUGAUAUACACCUCAUUCCCCUUCUUGGAAUAUGCUACUUCUUUUAUUAUGUCGACAAGACGACACUUUCUUACGCAGCAAUCUUCGGUAUCAAAGAAGACCUCAACCUAGUCGGUACGGAAUACUCGUGGCUGUCAAGUAUCUUCUAUUUUGGAUGGUUAGUGUGGGCAAUCCCGUCUAACCUGCUCAUGCAACGGAGCCGCCGGAUGGCUUGGUAUCUCGCCUUCAACAUCUUCAUGUGGGGUGUGCUUCUCAUGUGCCAGGCUGCAUCGCAGAACUUCAGCGCGCUUGCGGCACUUCGAGUCCUUUCUGGCGCGUUUGAGGCAAUUGCCGACCCAGCGUUUAUGGUCGUCGUCUCCACAUACUAUACCCGUGCCGAGCAACCUUGGCGUAUCUCCGCAUACUAUUUAUGGAAUGGCAUCGGUGUUGCCGGCGGCGGUCUUAUUGGCUAUGGAAUCGGCAAUAUAAAAGGUGCUCUUCAAUCCUGGCGCUACGAGUUUCUCAUCAUUGGUGCUGUUUGCUCCGCCUGGGGAAUUGCACUGGCUCUACUGUUGCCUAACUCACCAGCAACCUUUUGGGGCUUCAAUCGCGAUGAGAAGCUCAUGAUGAUUGCGCGACUGCGGUCUAAUCAGACCGGUAUUGAGGGACAGAAAAUUAAAUGGGAUCAAGUCAAAGAAGCGUAUCUCGAUUACAAGACUUGGUUAUUUACUAUCCUGGGCUUUCUUGCCAACAUUCCAAACGGUGGAAUAUCCAACUUCUCCACUUUAGUCAUUCAAGGCCUCGGGUUCGAUGCACUUAAUACGGCACUGCUUGGUAUACCUCAAGGAGUAAUCGUGGUUAUUUGGAUUGUGCUUGGAGGAUAUGCGAACGAACACAUGCCGAAGAAUAGCCGUACCCUGGUCUGCGCACUGUUCAUGGUCCCGACUAUUGCGGGUGCCCUCGGUUUCUUACUUGCCCCCGACAAUGCAUACGUCGGCCGACUGAUCUGCUUCUAUCUCACUGGCUCAUAUCAAGCCUCCUUCGUGAUAUCUCUUUCCCUUAUUACCUCCAACACUGGUGGACAGUCCAAGAAAAUGAUCGUAUCCGCAAGCGCCGGGAUACCCCUGGGAAUUGGCUCUCUGCUGGUUGCCAACUGCCUUGAGCUCGCCCUUUUCUUCGUGCUUCGCUAUGCCUUUAUCUGGGAGAACCGACGAAAGGAGAAGAUGCGCGAUGAAUUGCGGGAGAGAGGGGGCGAGGACGAGCUCAUGGCCGAUUCUACGGCCUUCGCUGAUUUGACUGAUGCACAGAACCCGAAUUUUGAGUACGUAUACUGA